UUGCAAGGCUGGGCUGUAACUUGAACCCUAGGAGCUGUAAGAGAGGGAGAAGCUGAGGGAGAAAGACACUGGGCAAGAAAGAGGGAAAUAAAAGGGAGGGGGAGGGAAGGAAGGAAUGAAAGGCAAAGAGAGAGUAAUGUCAGCUGAGUUCAGAAAGUAAACAGAGGCACAGACUGCAGCAUGCUGUCUGCGGGACAGGAACAACAGCUGGGGCAAACCCACGGCAGCAUUCGGACAAUCCGACUGACCAACACCUUUAUGUCCAGAAGAGAGGGCUGGCUCCUCUCUGUCUCCCUUAUUUUCAUCUCUUUGCCCGUGGGGACAGCAUGGCCUUACGAUUACAGGUACUUGUACAACCACUGCCCAGGUCAAGAGUGGAGCGUUAUGUGCAGAGGCUGCUGUGAGUACGACGUUAUCCGCUGCAAGUGUCCCCUCCAGGGAACUCAGGUUGGCUAUGCUGUGCCCUGCUGCCGCAAUGCAAUCAACGAGUGUGACCCCUGUAUCAUCCAUCCAGGAUGCAGCAUUUUUGAGAACUGUAAGCGCUGUAACAACGGAACGUGGGGGCCCCAAGAUAACUUCUUUAUUAAUGGAAAAUACUGCGCUGAGUGUCGCCCCGGCUGGUCUGGAGGAGAUUGCAUGAAGUGUGGAGGAGUUAUCCGUAAACGGCAGGGCCAUUUGGUCCUUGAGAGCUACCCCAACAAUGCAAGGUGUGAGUGGACCAUACAGGUGGAAAAAACGUUUACUAUUGAAAUCAGGUUUAUGAUGCUGAGCCUGGAAUUUCACCCUUCCUGUCGCUAUGACUUUGUGGAGGUACGUGAUGGAGACAGCAUCAACUCUCGUGUCAUUGGUAGAUUCUGCGGGAACAAUCGACCUGCCACACUCCAGAGCUCUGGGAACACUUUGCACAUUUUGUUUGUUUCUGAUGGUUAUAAGAAUUUUGAUGGAUUCUUCGCUACUUUCCAAGAAAAUUCAGCUUGCAGCUCAUCCCCUUGCCUGCAUGAUGGGACUUGUAUUCUGGACACUUCUUACACUUACCACUGUGCCUGUCUAGCUGGCUAUACAGGGAAGAGRUGUGAAAAUGUGGUUGGAUGCCACAGGCCUCCAGUGCCCAAACACGGUUCUACAGAGGGUCUGUUUCUACAUUCUGGUUCUCGCAUCACUUACCGCUGCGACCCGGGCUUUGAACUGCGGGGGUUUCACACUGCCAUCUGCCUGACCGAUGGCACCUGGAGUGCAGCAGCACCUGAAUGUGUGCCAGUGGAAAGAGUCUGUACUUUACCACCCAAGCCAGUAAAUGGUGACCACUUGUUGGUGUACGGACCAAAUGAUGUCCUCAUAGCACUCCAGUAUAUGUGCAACCAGCCCUAUGAACUCAUUGGGAUCUCCCAGAGAACCUGCCUCCCAAACAACACCUGGAGUGGGACUCCUCCUGUUUGCUCUAAAGUGAAUAACACUCUAACUGAGUCUGAAAAAGAUAAAAACAAAGUACAAGAGGCAGACACUGGCAAAGGAAUAGAUAUAGAGAGUGAGACAGAUAACAGUAAAGCUACAGAGAUACCUCAACAAAACACAACAGAAAAAGGAAGUGCUGGCAGGGAAGAUAUAUACUCUUGGGCAGAGAACACAACAUCGGUGGAYACUGAAGAUAAAUACACUGAAACAGUUCCAGAAAAUACUGUUGACAAAGGUAAGGAAGAAGGUGAUUCAGAAGAAACAAAUACGGGGGCAGAGAGGCCCAGCGAAGACAAAAAAAAUGAAGUGGAUCCUAAAAGCACAGACAGGAGGCUUAACAGAGUUGAGGAAAAAGAACCAGAGGGACCAAAGCCACCGGAGAAAAAGGAAGAACGUUCAGACCCUGAGACAGAGAAAGGGAAGGCAAACACCACAGAAAUAGYGCCAAAAAAAGACAAAGGGCAGGAAGGGAAGGAACGAAAAGAGGAGCAAAUUAAUGGAAACAGAGACCCAGAUAAAUUUGGCCCAAAUGACACAAAACUGAAGACGAAUGUGUCUGAGGGUGACACCACCGUGGAAACAUUUGAGCUGGAUUUGACAAAGAACAGCACAAACUCUCAGGCCUCAAAGGAUGCGAAGAAGGAAAAUAACACCACUGGAUCUCCGACGACAGUGAGGAAAAUUGAUCCCUCUCGAAUCAAUGUGACACAGUACACUUUGUACAGAGCAAAUGGGGAAAAUGAUAAAACAAAGGAAAACUCUCUUAACACCAAAGACGAAACCGUAAAAGAUUCCUUAGAAAAAACUAAGGAGCUGGAAAGAAAGAAGGAAGAAAGAGAAAAAGACAAAGAAGUCAACCAGAGCCAAACAGAAAGGAGGUGUCCUCCUCUUCCUCGCUUGUACAAUGGCUACCACCAGGUGGUGCCAGGGUUGGAUCUGGAAACUAUGGAGUUUAUGUGCAACCACUCAUAUGCUCUCAGCGGGGAUAAAAGGCGAACCUGUCAGCCAGAUGGUACCUGGAGUGGCAAGCAGCCCUUCUGUCUCAGAGUUGAGAGGAAGACGAUCGUCCACAGGCUCCUGUCCUCUGCAGUCAACCAGAAGCUCCAGUCUGUUGGGCCCACUAAAAGUUCCCCAGUGCUUCCUCAGUUGUCCCAGGGCUUCCAUCAUCUUUACACCCAUAUUGAAUAUGAGUGUGCWUCUCAGUAUUAUCAUCACUUUGGCAGCGCUCGGCGCACAUGCUUGAAGACAGGGAAAUGGAGUGGACGCCAUGUCUCAUGUUCACCAGUCUGUGGGAAACAUGUAAACUUUGACCCAGAGAGGCCAGAAGAGGCUCACUGGCCCUGGCUGGCGGCCAUAUACCGCCGCUCCCUCAAGGAGACCGAGUCUAAGGUGACGAAGGCGAGCAACCAGGACGAAACCCUGAAGAAAGAUGCYAGAGACAGAAGUAGCAACCUAAAUCAGGCCUCUGACUGGCAGCUUGUCUGUAGCGGGGCCCUGGUUAACCAAAGGAGUCUGGUAGUUGCAGCUCACUGUGUGACAGAGCUUGGAAAGAUGUAUCCUGUGGAUACAGCCACCAUCAAGGUGGUCGUUGGGAAGCACUAUCGCGAUGACCGCAGCGAAAUUAAGGGUCCUCAACACCUCAGGGUGAGCUCCAUUGCUGUGCAUCCAAAUUACGAUCCUUAUAUUCUUGACUCUGACAUUGCUGUUAUCAAGUUACUAGACAAGGCAAGAAUUGGAGAAAAAGUCUUGCCGCUCUGCCUGUCAGAGAACGAGGAGGAAGAGGUUACAUCAGAUCAAGGGCUUGUGACAGGCUGGUCUCCGUUGCAGGAUUCUAGUUUGGGCCUGGAGGAAAAGGCAAGGGUUGGGCUGGUUCACCUUGCUGAUAUAGUUCCGUGUGAGCAUCAGUACGCUCGCAACGGUGUGCCGGUCAGUGUUACAGACAAUAUGCUAUGCGCAAGCCAAAAACCUGACUAUGGUCCAUCUAACAUAUGUCCGUCUGACACUGGGGGCAUCCUUGUCCUCCCUGCCAACUCUGGGAACCAGGUCGGCUAUAAUUCAAAGUCCUCUCAGGUGCAAAAGGACAACAGAGGCAUGUGGAGACUCCUGGGACUGGUGAGCUUUGGUUAUGAUCAGGGGGAAUGUGACCCUGAACUCUACACAGUUUACACACGUGUGGCUAACUUUAAAGACUGGAUUGAGAGCAACAUCAAAUAAAGACCUGGCCUCAGACUAUUCAUCCUGUCCAAUGUCUAAUGCAAAAGGGCAUUUUCCAAGUAAAUGCAGAUGCAACACUGGACAAUAUAAUGCUUUAAAUGAAUUGGGGUGGUAGCAAACAUAGAUGUGUUAAGCAGUUACCUCUUCCUCUGAAUAGCUCAGAGUUUGGGUGCCUUAGACUUGAAAAUGACCAGAAAACAAUUCAGAUGAUCAUUCUAACUAUUAAAGGUUUGGAUUGUAAUAUCUAUUAAGUCAGUGUUCUGAAUAAUAACAGAUCUUAUGGUGAAAAAGAUGUAUAUAAUGUAUUAAAAGACAUAAUGUAAAAUGUUACAUUUUUAAUAAAGAAAAUAGUGUGUUAAAAGGUUUAUAUCCUCAUUCUUAAACAUUAUAUG